AUGCUCCUCCUCGCCGUCCUCGCGGCGCCCUCAAACGCCGCCUCUCGCCCCCGUCCGCGGCGCGGGGGGGCACUCAUCGACACGCGCAACCGCACCGACUUCUUCAUCAAGCUCCCGACCGACGCGCCGGCCCUCGCCCUCGCGGCGUCUGCCUCGCGCAAACCCGACAAGGCCGCGGAGCUCCUGCUCCACCAAGACGUCCUCGGGGGUGGGGGGGCGCUGUUCGGUGCCUGUCCGGACGUCGCCACCUUCCAUCCGACCUCCUCCUUCCCGUUCAACCUCUCCAAGUUCAGCGGCGCCGCCUCACGCGCCGCCGGCCAGACUACCUUCAAGCCCAUCGGCGCCGCGGCCGACGCCGAGCUCGCCUCCUUUGGCGAGACCACCGGUGCGGCCAACGCUGGCGACGCCUCGCUCGCCGACUCCACCGUCAACUCCGUCGGCGUCACGUGCGGCGGCGCCGGCGCCCCUGCGUGGUGCGCGGAACUGCCGCAGCCGCUCGCCGAGCUCUGCGUCUCCGAGGAUCCGAUCGAGGCCUCGGGCUCCACGAGCAACGAGACGAGCCUCAAGACCGCCACGGCCCACUCCAAGAGCAAGACCGGCGAGACGGACACAAAGAACAAGCCUGUCCCGGGCUUCACGAGCGGAAUCUCCUCUUCCGCGCCUGGCCGCGCCCGGCAGCGCGGUCAGCUUUGGGCCGCCUUGUUCUUGCUGCUCGGAGCGUGCGGCGGCGUGCUGCUCUCGGUGCGGAGGAGCAACUCCGGGCGCCUCGUGCGGUGCCGGACGGGGGCGAGGCGCGGCGCGUGGCUGCUGAUUCUCGCCGCGCUGCUCCCGCUGGCAUGUGCACCAUCAGUCCACACGUCUGGCUCGGGCGAGACUGGCUCUGGGGAGAUUGGCUCUGGGGAGGUUGACUCACCGCCGUCCGCUCCAUCAAUCGACUUCCAGGUCACUGUGGGUGGCGGGAGCUGGCAGGCCGACGUGUCGUGGACCCUGACGUGCAGCGGCGCGUUGAUCGGCAGUGGAGGGGCGCCCUACUCCGGCACCCUGUCCGCGCCACCCGGCGAGUGCACGCUCAACAUGUACGACUCGUACGGCGACGGCUGGACCGACAACCAGUGGGAGGGCGACGUCGAGAUCAUCGAGUCGACCGUGACGGGCUGCUUUGCUGCAUCCGGCGGCGUCGUCUACGCGGAGGACAGCGGUGCGGUCUCGAUAAUCGGCUCGGCCGUGUCGGGCUGCUCUGCUCUCCAGGUGCGCCGCGUAGAGCUAGCCGCCUGCAGUGCCGCACGGCAGCAGGGCGAGGGAUAG